UCUUCUCUGUCCUCCCCGUAGCCCCCUUUCUCUCUCUAAAAACCUUCGCCGGAAAUCAAAUCCUUUCUCUACUGAUCGCCGGGAAAUGGACGGAAAUAAAGACCGAAUGAUCGAUUCCGGUAACUUCCACGGCGGCGACGAUGAUGGAGACCUGAGACGUGGACCGUGGACGGUCGAGGAAGACAUAGCUCUCAUCAAUUACAUCGCUAAUCACGGCGACGGCCGCUGGAAUUUGCUCGCUCGCUGCGCAGGUCUGAAACGUACCGGAAAAAGCUGCCGGUUGCGGUGGCUGAACUAUCUCCGCCCCGACGUCCGCCGUGGAAACAUUACGCUUGAAGAACAGCUCUUGAUUCUCGAUCUUCAUUCUCGUUGGGGAAAUCGAUGGUCGAAAAUUGCUCAACAUUUACCGGGACGAACAGAUAACGAGAUAAAGAACUACUGGAGGACUCGAGUUCAGAAGCACGCUAAACAGCUGAAAUGCGACGUUAACAGCAAGCAAUUCAAGGACACCAUGCGAUAUCUCUGGAUACCGCGGCUCGUCGAACGGAUUCAAGCCGCCGCCGGGGCAACCGCCGUCGACGGCAACGGAUCGUACGGAUCAGUGGCGCCGCCGCUGAUGAACGGGAGUGAUUUCGUUAGUACUUCACAAGUCACUCCGAGUUACGCGUCGGAGAAUUCCAGCUCCGGUGGAGGCUCCUCCGACGGGACACAGGGCUCCUCCGUGUCGGAGUUGACGGAUUGCUACAAUAAUUUCGGUUGUUUUUCGGUGGGGUAUGGGCAAGAUACGGCACCACCGCCACCCCCGCCGCCGCCGAUGCAGAGCUCGGCGGUUGGAUUCUUUAACGAGGGGGAAUUGGAUUUUCAAGCGAUGGAGCAGAGUUCUUGCGAGUGGCUGGCGGAGGACGGCGGCGUUGACACAUCGGAGAACUUCUGGAGUACCGCCGGCCCCGGCGCCGACUACUUCUGGCUCUUGCAGCAGCAACUGAAUUAAAAAACAAUGAACAAGAUGCAAUAAAAAUGGGAAAUUAUACAUAAUUUGUAGAGAUCAAGAUCAUGAUCCUUCUAAGAAGAAGGGUACAAAACUAGAAGAAUUCUAGGAUUUUACGAAGAACAGAGUCCAAUUUUUUGGAUUGUUCUUUUUUUUUUNUUUUUUUUUUUUUUUUUUUUUUUUUUUUUUUUUUUUGUUUAAAAAAGUGUUUCUUUAAAUUUGCAAUUAUUGGGGCUUUGGGGGAA